AUGGCUGAGCAGAGCAUCGAGAGUCCACCAACUCCAAAAAAAACAGAGGCUGGACGUGGCCAUGAAAGGAGGAGUGAGACUCCACCAAUUACUCCCAAAAAAACUACGGUUGGACGCGGCCAUGAAAGGAGAGGUUCUACUGGAAUGUUAGAUAGCCCACGCAGUGGAGCAAAGAUUCUUUCUCGUUAUCUCACAGCUUCACCAGGUUCCAGCUGCCAUGAUUUGUGCAAAUAUGGAACGAAACAUGGUUUUGAUCAAUCCAACAAUGCAAGGGAUUCGUUUCGAAAGAUGGUUACAUCUAAGGGAGGUAAAAUAGAUUGUCUUGAAAAUGCUGUCAUGACUUCAGCUGAGAAGAAGAAGCAGAAAUUAGCAAUCAGUCCCAAACCUUGUUCAGAUUCCAGGACCCAGAAACCCAGUAACCCUGUUGUCAUCAAGGAAGAAGUUUCUGUGGAAAAUGCUAGCGAUCAUCAAAAGUUGAAGCAUGUGAAAUCAAAGCCAUUUUCUUCUCCCCCUGUGGAGGGAAGUUUAAGUAUUCAAAGGAACAGUGAAAUCAGAGGCAAAGAGUUGAGAACCUCCAAAAAUAUGAGUGAGAAAAAGGGUUGGAUUUCACCAACUGUUUACUUGUUCCCAAAGCAUUCUAUCAGGAGAGUUUCAGGUAUGAACAGUACUAAGAAUGAAAAUAACGUUAUUAAAAUCGAACCCAAGCAGCCCAGCAGUGAUGUUGUUCCGGAGAAGACUCUGUACAUCAUUGAAGCAAGCACUGAGAGCAAAACCACCGACUUGUCUCUAUCCACUGAAGAUCACAAAAGCCUGAAACAUGCUCGAACAGGCAUCCAUGGCUCUUCGUCGCCUACAUCUUCUGAGAAGAAUUGCUUGAGACGCACUGGAUCUGGAUUCAGUGCACCACCUCCAUUCUCUUCUCUAUCCAUUGGGAACAAAAGCUCGAGGCAUACACUUUCCCACAGCAAAGAGAAUGGUGCCAAUAUAACUGGAAAUGGGGAGCAAACAACAAAUGCAGAGAUGGAAUACAAGAGUAGGCCCAGAAAGGGUGGAAAAAAAGUUAGCUUGGAUUUCAAAGCUUCCCCAUCUCGAAAGCUGAAAUUUAAGAGAGGAAAGGUGGUUGAUAAACUUCAUUCUGAUCAGGACAGUACUCUAAGGAGACUCAAAUUUAGGCGAUCAUCAGUAAGAUUGGUUGGUGAGAUCCAGAACAGUAUAGGCAAUACCAGAAAGAUUGAGAAUGGUACAAAAAUGAAAUCCGACAAAGAUUUUCGGAGAUUCAAAGAUGUUAACGUUCAAGGUACCAAAAGGAGAAGCUCUGGGAGGAAGGAAAUUGGUGACAUUGAGAAUGGUAGCAAAAUGAAAGCUGAGAAAGUUGUUCUCAAACACCAAAAUGUGGAAGGAAAACAGAGAGAUGGUCAGAGUUUGUAUAAUAAUGUGAUCGAAGAGACUGCAAGUAAGCUUGCUUUGAGCAGGAAGAGUAAGGUGAAAGCUUUGGUUGAUGCUUUUGAAAGUUUUAUAUCUCUUCAGGAUAAUAGAGUAACCUCAGUAACAACUAUGGCAUGUUGA